CUUCAGUGAGGCAGCCGAGCUGCAGACGCAGAGAUGCAGAUCUUUGUGAAGACACUUACGGGCAAGACCAUCACUCUUGAGGUCAAGCCCAGUGACACCAAUGAGGAUGUCAAAGCCAAAAUUCAAGACAAGGAGGGUAUCCCACCUGACCAGCAGCAUCUGAUACUUGCCGGCAAACAGCUGGAGGAUGGCCGAACUCUCUCAGACUACGACAUCUGGGAAGAGUCCACCCUGCACCUGGUGCUGCACCUGCGAGGUGGCAUUAUUGAGCCUUCCCUCCGCCAGCUCUUCCAGAAACACAACUUUGACAAGAUGAUCUGCCGCAAGUGCUAUGCUUGCCUGCACCCCCAUGCUGUCAACUGCUGCAAGAAGUGUGACCACACCAACAACCUGCACCCCAAGAAGAAGGUCAAGGCUCUUCCUUCCUCGAAGGGCAGCCUCCCUGGAGCCUCAAUAAAGUGUCUCUUUCGUUGA